AUGCUGAGCCUCCGUACCUUUGCCAGCCCUCUGCCCAGGCAGUGCCUGCGCACGGCUGCUCCUCGUUUCGCCUUCUCUGCCCAGCGUGCAUACUCGACCGUUGGCGAGCGUGUUGCCAAGUACGAACCCACCAAGGACUCAAAAGGCAACCACCUCGUCAGCUUCAUCGAGGGUGACGGUAUCGGUCCUGAGAUUGCCGAGUCUGUCAAGGACAUCUUCGCCGCCGCCAAGACCCCUAUCGCCUGGGAGUCUGUCGACGUGACGCCCAUCAUCAAAGAUGGCAAGACGGCCAUCCCCGACGACGCCAUCGAGAGCAUCAAGAAGAACAAGGUGGCCCUCAAGGGACCCCUCGCCACGCCCGUCGGCAAGGGCCACGUAUCGCUGAACCUGACGCUCCGCCGUACCUUCAACCUGUUCGCCAACCUGCGCCCCUGCCGCUCCGUCGCCGGAUACAAGACCCCCUACGACAACGUCGACACGGUCCUGAUCCGCGAGAACACCGAGGGCGAGUACUCCGGCAUCGAGCACGUCGUCGUCGACGGCGUGGUGCAGUCCAUCAAGCUCAUCACCCGCGAGGCCUCGGAGCGCGUCCUCCGCUUCGCCUUCCAGCACGCCGAGUCCAUCGGCCGCAAGAAGGUCAGCGUCGUCCACAAGGCCACCAUUAUGAAGAUGUCCGACGGCCUCUUCCUCAGCGUCGGCCGCGACGUCGCCAAGGACUUCCCCAACAUCCAAUUCGACGCCGAGCUCCUCGACAACACCUGCCUCAAGAUGGUCACCGACCCCAACCCCUACAACGACAAGGUCCUCGUCAUGCCCAACCUCUACGGUGACAUCCUCUCCGACAUGUGCGCCGGCCUUAUCGGCGGCCUCGGUCUCACCCCCUCCGGCAACAUCGGUGACGAGUGCUCCAUCUUCGAGGCCGUCCACGGCUCCGCCCCCGACAUCGCCGGUAAGGGCCUCGCCAACCCCACCGCCCUCCUCUUCAGCUCCAUCAUGAUGCUCCGUCACAUGAGCCUCAACGACCACGCCAACCGCAUCGAGAAGGCCAUCUUCGAAACCCUCGCCGAGGGCAAGACCCUCACCGGUGACCUCGGCGGUAAGGCCAAGACAUCCGAGUACACCAACUCCAUCAUUUCCAGGCUGUAA